AUGUUGCAGUUUCGGUUAUCGGAAUCUCUCGAAUCUGGCAACCUCGCGGAUGUGGAGGUCUCUGUCGAGCCCUCGCUUUUCCCAGGCCAGCGUGAAACUUUCAAGGCCCACAAGAUGAUCCUGGCUUUACAGAAUGACGUGUUCGAGGCUAUGUUUUACGGCCCCGUCGCCAAGGGGGACCGUAUAGUCAUCACCGACUUGCACCCGGAGGGCGUCCGAGGCCUCUUGCGGUACUUCUACAGCCGCCCUUUGGAUGUACAAACCGCGUACCAGGCCGCCUGUAUCCGUACUGCUCCUGCCAAAUACCUCGUCCCCCAGCUCGAGGAGAGAUGCCUUGCAUUUAUGAACGAACGCAUGGUUACCGACGAGGUGUGUGCUUUCCUGGACUACGUUCUGACCGUGGGCGAGGAAGCCUUGGCCACCCCCGCCACAAUCCUCAUCGUCAAAGACAGCAUCAGGGUGCUCUCCUCCGCGACAUUUACGACUUGCACCCAGGAGACCGUGAGAUAUGUUCUCAAGCACGCCGCCAAUGUUCCCGAGACAUCAGUGCUAAAAGCCGUGUACGGUUGGGGGCGGCAGCGCCUCAGGCGCGCCGAACGUUCGUACAGCAUACGUCUACGCCGUAAAGGGCGCCGGCUUGGAGGCGAACCGGUUGAUUUUCGCGCCAUCAUGCGUCCACUACUCCCCGAGCUACGGUUCCUCGCAUUGACGUCGAAGGACUUCGUCGACGGUCCUAACACGUGGGGAAUCUUCACAGACGCCGAAGCACGGGCAAUUCUGAGCAAUAUCGCCAUAGAAGGCUCAAUGGCGAUGCCGAAAGGAUUCUGCGAGAUCCGCACCGAUCGAGUGUAGCCCUACGCACGAUCUUGAGCUCCAGGAGAUACCGUAUGACGUGCUCGCAGCUUCGUUAUUGUAAAACUGACUUGGGGACAGCAGUGUUCGUAAUGGCACGUGCUGUUUUAUAUCGA